GCCAAACUUAAACAUUCAUUUACUGUUUUCGUUGUUGAAGUAAAUUUAGUUGUGAGUGUAUGAUCAAUCUUCAUCACUUUGCAUUUUUUGUUCAGGAAAGCAUUAUUGUAAAAAGCAAACAUGCUUUGUCAGUGUGGAAUAGUAACAAUUGCAAUAUAUGGAUUCCUGAAAAACUUUUGUCCGGAUGGAGUUUAUCUUUCCAACAUACUUUUCAGCCCUCCAAAGAAUUUAACAGUAGCUGAGGUAACUCAAGAUAUCUACGCAGUCAUGGCUUACACAAAUCUUUUCUUCACCUUUGUCGCACUUCUAGUCACAGACAUUCUUCAAUACAAAACCAUUAUCAUCUUAGGAGCUUUAGCAUCUGCAGUGAAGUGUCCGGUUCUAUAUUUUGGAACUACCGUUGCACAUAUUCAGAUUGCUCAGGGGCUGUUUGCUUUUUACCGAGCGUCCCAAGUAGCUUAUCGUACCUACAUCUACACUCAAGUUAAGAAACAUAACUACCAGCAAGUGACAGCUGUAGUGCACAUAACUCCAAAACUGGGAACUUUGGUCUCGGCACUCUUAGCUCAGUUUCUCAUGUCAACCCAUUUCGUCACUGUCCAGAGCCUAAUUCUAAUCUCUUUUGUUGCACUCAGUGCUUCAUUCCUGACUGCGCUCGCAUUGCCAUCAGUGGAAGGCACUGCUUACUCGGCCGACAAAAACUCUCUUGAAAAGCAAGGCGUUAAAGGCUGUCAGAGAUAUCGUCAUGCCGCCCGCCUACUCUGGGAGGAGCUCAAGUUUGCAGCCUCCAAUGUAAACACCCUCAAAUGGUGUGUGUGCUGGAUCUUGUCUAACGGAGCCUUCCAGUUGGUGUGCGAUUACUACGUGCAAGCCUUGUGGAACGAUGUUACAGGGUCGAGACAAAACACAUACAAUGCUGGAGUAGAAGCCAUCUACGCCUGCUGUAGCACCAUAAUAUGCUUCAUGGUGGGCAAGCUGAAGAUAGAUUGGCAGAACCACGGGGAGAUUGUCAUUGCAGUUUGUACCCUGGUACAAGCAAUGGCUCUCUUCGCUUCAGCUCAAUCCUCGUCCAUCAUAAUGUCUUACGGACUUUACAUCACUGCUUCUCUACUUUAUGACUUCAUGACUGUCAUCAGCAAUUCACAGAUAGCGCUGCAAGUGAAGAAUGACAGUUUUGGGCUCAUCUUUGGGAUCAAUACAUUCCUAUCAAUCGGUUUCCAAGGUAUUCUAACAUAUGUUUUGACUUCCAAGAACACUUUGGCUCUUCCUAUCCGUGAUCAGGUCAGCUUUAGUAAAGGAAAGUCUUCCAACAGAGCUGAGUAUCAACAGUGUCAGCAAAGCUGCAACACUGGACAUCAGAGAAACUGGUCGCAACAGUGUCGAACAAUCUAG